ACAAUUUUUUUAACAUCAAUAAGUAUCGUUCCAUGAGGAAAACCCAGCAGCAACAAAACCCAACUAGACAUGUUUCCCCAAAAGGGAUUCUGCGUUUCUUCCCUCUCAUUUCUGCUACUACUGUUAAUGGCCACUGGAGCUGUUGGGUUUGGUUCAAUGGGUUCGAUCUCUGCCGCGUUCGGAGAAGAACGAUUUUUCUGCGCUAUUGAUGCGAGCGGGAAACAAGAUUUAGUAUGCUGGGAGAGGAACAGCACGUUAACCUCCGACGCCGCUUAUUUCAGCACUCUACCACCCAUGGCUGCGCUCACAGGGGGCGAGGGUUUCAUGUGUGGCAUUGAAGCAAAUACCUCUCAGGCCUACUGUUGGAACUCCAUCAGUUCAGGUACGGAUCUCGUCCCACUGAACUUCCAAAACAACUCUUACUCCCACAUUGCUGCCGGGAUGAAUCAUGUUUGUGCCAUUAGAGGAUCUUAUUAUUCCAAUGCCGAUUCAGGUCCCAUCGAUUGUUGGGAAUUGCGUCAUAGUACCAAUAAUACAUUGGUUUCUGUUUACAGUUCCUCGUUUUCGGAUCCAUCAGUUAGUAAUCUCGUUCUGAUGAAUCUUGUUUCUGGGGAAGGUUUUACUUGCGGUGGAGUAAGAGAAGGGGGUAUUGUUUGUUGGGGACCCAAAUCCGCGAACUUGAGGUUAACUGCAAUAACAGAGAGUUUCGUAAAUCUUGCUUCGGGGAGGGAUUCCCUGUGUGGGAUUUCUAGAGUCUCUGGUAAUGUCCAAUGCUGGGGAGAACCAGAUUCGUUCAGUGAUCCUCCCAUUGGAACUCGAUUCGUGGCUUUAACUGCCGGUGCUCGCCAUUUCUGUGGGAUUCGGGAGAAGGAUCAUGCGAUAGAGUGUUGGGGGAACUUCGAAGCUUCUUCGGUUCCUACGGGUUCUGGGUUUCUGGCCAUUGCGUCUUCUGAUGACACCGCUUGUGGUGUUAGGGAAGAUGAGCUUAUACUUGAUUGCUGGGGUGUUCAGGGGCCAUCAUCGCAGGAUUACAGCCCACCUUUGCAGUUGUGCAGUCCAGGUCUCUGUACAGCUAGUUCCUGUGGUGAAGGGAGCUUUGCUUUCAAUGCUAGCAGCCUCAAUGUGCCUGAAGUUACAAGCUUGUGCAUCAGGAAAGAGCUUAAUAUCUGCUCUACUUGUCGAUCAAACUGCUCAGAAGGCUUUUUCCCCUCUAGUUUGUGCAAUGAGAAUGCCGAUCGAGUCUGCACCGCUUGCUCUCUUUGCCAGAAUAGCUCGUGUUGGGAUAUUUGUGGGCUCCCUGCCUCUUCAGCGAUUCAGCUGCAGCACCCCCAGAUGAAGAAAUCGAUGGUCAUCAUAGGGUCUUCUGUGUCUGGCCUUGUGUUGAUCUUCAUUGGGUGGUUUCUACGCCAUCGUGUAAUUAACUUUAAAAAGGGACAGCAAUGGAAGACCCAAUGUAUGUCCUGCAUCGGCAAGGUUGUCAAGGAACCUAAACCCAACAAUGAACCACUGGCUCCUCUGAGCACAGCCUCAUCCAUUACGAUAACCCAAGUGUUUCGCCUCUCAGAACUGAAGGAUGCUACUAAUGGGUUCAAGGAGUUCAAUGAGCUUGGCAGGGGAAGCUAUGGAUUUGUUUACAAAGCUAUCCUAUCAGAUGGGCUGCAAGUAGCAGUCAAGAGGGCCAAUGCUGCAACAAGAAUCCAUACCAACAACCGGGCCUUUGAAGCAGAGUUAGAGAUUCUCUGCAAGAUCAGACAUCCCAAUAUUGUGAACUUAUUGGGCUACUGUGCAGAGAUGGGGGAGAGGCUGUUCGUCUAUGAGUUCAUGGCCCAUGGCACCCUUCAUGACCACCUCCAUGGUGGGCUCUCACCUCUGAACUGGAGCCUCAGGUUGAAGAUCUCAAUGCAGGUUGCAAAGGGGCUUGAGUACCUUCACAAGGAUGCUGUGCCUCCUAUUGUCCACCGGGAUGUCAAGACCUCCAACAUUCUCUUAGAUUCUGAGUGGACCGCACGAAUUGCAGACUUUGGGCUUCUGAGCUCUGGUAAUAGGGACCUAAAUGCUGAUUUGAUGAGUGAUGUAUACAGCUUUGGGAUAGUACUGUUGGAGAUUGUUAGUGGAAGGAAGAAUUUCGACAAGGAUUACAAUCCUCCUGACAUUGUCGAAUGGGCAGUGCCCUUAAUUAGAAAGGGUAAGGCAGCUGCAGUCAUUGAUCGGAAUGUUGCUCUUCCAAGGAAUGUGGAACCCUUGCUUAAGCUCGCAGAUAUCACAGAGCUUGCAGUGAGGGAAGAUCCCUCUAAGCGUCCUACUAUGUCUGAUAUCACAUUGUGGUUGGAGCAACUUGUAAGAGGCGAAUUGACAUUUUAGUGGUGAA